UGAGGAACCCAAAUGUAGUUUUUCAUGCAUUUGUACUUCUUUGACCUUUUUAUUUAUCCUCGUUUUUGUAGAUGACAAUCUCCGUCCAAAAGGCAUGAGUAGCCACAAAAGCAGAUCGAGGCAUUGAAUGAGUGAGCUCUCUCCUGGGACUCUGUCUUUUUGCUCAGGGUUGCAGGUUUGCCCCUUCACCACCGCCCAUGCGUCAGAUGAUGCUCGAGGCUUCUGGCUAUAAAAGACGCCGGUGCGCCAUCCCGACUGGCACUCUCUUUCUCUUUCUCUGUCUUCCCACAUCCACACACUUACUUCACUCACUCGGUCUGUGAUCUCCAGCGUACCAGCAUGAGCUAUUCCGGCGAUAUGUACACGAGCAGCUCCUACAGGAAGAUUUUUGGAGAUGCGCCGCGGCGCGUCCCGACGGUGAGUUACCGCUCCGGAGCGCAGCAUCAGCAGCAGCAUCAGCACCGCACCUACGGCUCUCCAUCCCCAAUGAUCAUAUCCUCAAGUUACCGGACCAAACGCGGCUUCCAGCCCAUGCAAGACUCCGUGGACCUGACGCAGACCACCGCCGUCACCAACGAGCUGAAGAUCAUCCGCACCAACGAGAAGGAGCAGCUGCAGGGCCUAAACGACCGCUUCGUGACGUUCAUCGAGAAGGUGCACAACCUCGAGCAGCACAACAAAGUUCUGGAGGCGGAGGUCGCGCUGCUGCGCCAGCGUCACAGCGAGCCGUCGCGUCUCCACGAUCUCUACGAGCAGGAGAUCCGCGAGCUGCGCGCGCGCGUCGAGGAGCUGACGCACGAGAAGAGCCAGAUGCACCUGGACUGCGUGCAGAUGAACGAGGCUCUGGAGCGCCUCAAGGACAAGCUGGAGGAGGAGAGCCGGCUGAGGGAGGAGGCCGAGAACAGCCUGAAGGGAUACCGCAAGGACGUGGACGACGCCACGCUGACGCGCCUGGAGCUGGAGAAGAAAGUGGAGUCUCUGCUGGAUGAGAUCGCCUUCCUCAGGAAGGUGCAUGAGGAGGAGCUGCAGGAGCUCCAGGCGUCGCUUCAGGCCAGCCAGGUGUCUGUUGAGAUGGACGUCAGUAAGCCUGACCUUGCUGUGGCUCUAAAGGACAUUCGUGUCCAGUACGAGUCUCUCUCCGCCCGGAACCAGCAGCAGGCGGAGGAAUGGUACCGUUCCAAGUUCAGCUCUGUGACGGAGGUGGCGGCACGCAACAAUGAUGCUCUGAAGCAGACCAAGGAUGAGCUGUGUGAGUACCGCCGACAGCUGCAGGCCCGCACCCUGGAGAUCGAGUCCCUGAAAGCCCAUAACGAGGCUUUAGAGAGACAACUGGCGGAGAUGGAGGACCGCAACAACAACGAGAUUGGCGACCUGCAGGACACUAUUCAGCAGCUGGAAUCUGCUCUGAGGAGCACCAAAGGUGAGAUGUCCCGUCAUCUGCGCGAAUACCAGGACCUGCUAAACGUCAAGAUGGCGCUGGACAUCGAGAUCGCAGCCUACAGGAAGCUGCUGGAAGGUGAGGAAUGCCGUCUGAGCUCUGUGGGCGGAGCCUUGCUGCACUCCGCCUACUCUUACACACCAAGCCGCAGUUAUUCCCUGUGGAGGGGCGGAGCCAAACCCGAGACAGAGGAAGAGGAAGAGCAGGAAGAGGAAGAAGAGGAGGAGAAGGAAGAGGAGAAGGAAGAAGAGGAAGGAGAAGAGGAGGAGGGAGGAGAGGAGGCCGAGGAAGGAGAAGAACAGGAGGAAGGAGGCGAUGAGGAGGAGGAGGAAGAGGAAGAACAGGAGGAUGAGAAGGAAAAGGAAAAAGCGGACGAGAAGAAGGAAAAGGAAGAGAAGAAGAGCCCAAAGGAACAGAAAGAUAAGGAGAAGGAGAAAGAGAAAGAAAAGGAGAAGGAGAAGAAGAGUGAUAGCAAUAAGGCAGACAGCAAGAGUGUUAAGAGUGAAAAGGGGGACAAUAACAAGGACGAGAAGACCGCUGCGGUCAAGAGCAAGUAAAGCUGCGUCCGUCUGGAGCCUCACCCUUCUGUCCCUCCGACAAACACACAUCAACCAUCCACUCAUCCUCACCUCAUUUCAUCUGGAUCUCUGCGGGAAAGCAACGAGCCGGUAAUGAAAGCGCUAAAAUGGAAAGCUGGCUAGUUUUCUGUACAGCACUCAAGAGAUGAAGAGAGCAUUAUGAAGUAAUUCAGCCAAAAAUGGCCAUUUUGUCAUCAUUUACUUUCUUUCAAUAAGAGAGUGUAUGUCAUACAGCGAAAGCAGAUGCUGAGUAAACGUCCCAGCUCCAAAAAGACAAAUCAGCAGCAUAAAUAUCGUCCACGCAAUCCGUGUGCUGAAGUCAUGUAAUGGACUGAACUGUAAAUCAUUUUCCACCAAUAAACAUCCUAUCUUCCA